AGUACGCUUGAAAAAUUCCUUAGCGGGCCGGGAAACCACGCAUGCACCGACCAAUAAACAACACUUGUUUAUCUCUGUAUUUGAGGUAUAUUUGUCCCCCCCAGGAAGUGAAGAUUGUGAAAUACACCCUUUCUUGUUCUCUGCAACAAAGUGAACAUCAUGGAGGUGGAAGACCCUAUUUCUGCUAGAUUUAGGACCAUCGUUGAGGCACUCAUGAUAAAGACGACAUCGGAGAUUGUGAAGGUUUUUGAUGAUGUUAUGUUGGAGACGAGAAUGGAGAUCUCUCGUAGCUGGAGGGAAAUUGAUGACUUGAAGCAUGAGUUGGGACAGAGAGAAAAGCAGCAAGCAGAGUCCAAUUUCAGAAGUCAUAUAACUCCAGUGACUUUCAAAACUGAAGAGAAUGACAUGGUGCUGUCCCAGCAGAGUCCGAUGAUUCUUGAAAGUACAAAAAACAGGGGUGAAAUGCCUGAAAAUGCCACGGUUGAGGAAACAGACACCAGACAGGACAGCGUUUUGGUUCCUGAACAAGCAACUCCAGAAAUUACAGCGCCUGAAACAUCUGGCUCAGAGGCCCAGGUAACCAAGUUAGAAACGAGACCUAAAAGCAGUCAUCAACCUACAUCUCGUGCAGUCUCAGAGCCUCAGACAUCUGCCACAGAGACCAAAGUGCUGCCGAGUUCUCCAAUCCAAGCUGUUUCAGUGGUCAGCCCCCAGCAAACGUCAUCUAGCACAGACAUCAUAAUUCUGAGUAAAAAGUCACCGGGGAAGGGAGCAGUGGUGUCAAAGAAAAAAUACAUGCAAAAAAAAAUUUCUUCCACACAAAGCAACAGUCUAACACACACACUCCGUGACAGGCACCUCCUGAGCAGCCAGAAACCUUGUCUGUGCUGCUUUUCAGACCAAUACCCAGAGCAACAAAACGAGCCAAAAAAGGUUUCACCGAUGGCUUCACGUGUGUACACCUGCACGGACUGUGGGACAAAGUUUCACGAAAGGGCCACAUUUAAGAGCCACAAGUGCUCCAGCAAGCCUAAGUGUAGCAGGUGUGGACAGACAUUCACUAGUCUGAAAUCUCUGGCCAGUCACAAUCGGAUUGUACCCCCUACAUUGAAGAAGCCAUUCCCAUACAAGUGCUACCUCUGUGAUCACAUGUUUGCUACUCAGUGUGGCUGGAACAUACACAAGCGGAUCCAUGCUCAUGGUCAUGUUUCUGAGAUGGCUCAAGAUGAUCUCCACAGCCCCUCCAAUUCAUUUCCAGUGUCCAAAGAACUAAAGGCCAAAGUAGAAGUUCGCUUGGAGAGAAUUUCAGAGGCUGAGUUGGAAGCUGCAUUAUUUCCUAAAGGCUCCUUGUUGUUCGAUGAUAACAGAGUGAGCUCUGUGGGGCCAUCCAAGAACCUGUCCUCAAUUGUGGAACCCACACCAUCUACAGGGACCUCUAAUAAACCGUCUGCAGGCACAACCAGCAAUUCACCAAUGUUAAAUAAGGCAUCUGUAUCUAACAGCUAUACAGAGCUUGUCAUGGAAUGUCAGGCUUUCAGUUCAGGGACUGAAUCAAAUGAACGCGUCAGGCAGUUAGGUGAGGGAACAGAAGCUUCAGUUUUUCCAACUGUCUCGAGCAAAAACCAGCCAGUGGAAAAGUGGACGCAGUCAAAAUCAUUGAUUGCACGUAGAGUUGACAGUGUGGAGUGUGAUGAAGGUUCAUCCAGUGCAAGUGAAGAUUUAUCAAAAGGAUUAAAUUCACUUUCACGGAAACGGAAAAUGUCAGAUUGCAAUCAUGAUAUGUACAAUGGUGUGUUUCCUGUUGAGAAAAUUCUCAGAUGGAGAAAUACAAAGGGUCGAAAUGAAGUCAGAAUCAAGUGGAUGCCUUGCUCAUUAUGUGGGGCAAAAUGGAAAAACACAUGGGAGCCAGCUGAAAGUUUUAUCUCUUAUAAGGAUGGCAAAAAUGAAGAAACUGACAAACAAAAUUAAAAUGUGUGGUGACAGUAAUGUUUGCGCUCACUGUACAGAUGGCACAAAGCUUAUGAGCUGAGAAUGUUGGUAGAGUUACUGAUUUUUAGAUUGAGCUCUGUGCUUUGUGUUUGGGCAUAUAAAAGGCAAAAACAGGAUAAGAUCUAUAUAUGUAUUAUCAUGAUUUAUUUUUUUCGCGGUCCGGUUUCCAUCAAAUCCUGCGCUCUGAUUGGCUGGCGAGCGGGUCCGGUUACGGACCUCUGGCGACCCACUCGUUCACAACAACAACAAUCAUCGUAGCAAUUUUUGUCAACAUUUAUUUUCGCAUUUCUCAAGAGAAUAGCAUUAAUUUUACAGCAUGGAUAGCGAUGACAGUCUUCACAGCGAAAGUGAGUUUUACUAUCCUGAGGAAGACGAAAUAAAAGAAAACAUUUCAGGAGAAAGCUAAAAACCUGUAACUGUUGCUAACGCCGAGCAAAAACAUGGCUGAAUCUUGAAUGAAUAAAUUUUGUAUAAAUAGGGGACUGCAUAGGCAGCAAAAUGUAGUUGUUUUUUUUUUUUUCCUGCCAUGGAAGUGCACUUGUAUACUGAGGAGGAAGUAAAUGGCGGCUUGCCUCGGCUCGGUUUUCCCUUUCGGGCACUCUCAUUUUCUGUUAGAAUUUGGUAAAGAAAAAAAUAAAUAUAUUAUUUACCAGCUUAUGGUCGGUCUGUAUGGUGAAAUACCGUGACCUCAGCCUUAAAUACUGACCUCGGCCCAGAGGGCCUCGGUCAGUACUUUCAAGACCUUGGUCAUGGUAUUUCACGAUACGGACCUCCCAGCUGGUAGAUAACUUGUAUUUAUUUUUUUCACGGUCCGGUUUCCAUCAAAUCCUGUCCUCUGAUUGGCUGGCGAGUGGGUCCAUAUCCUAUGAUGCGGACCCUGGUUACGGACCUCUGGCGACUCGCUCGUUCACAACAACAAACAACAUAGCAAUUUUUGUCAACAUUUAUUUUCGCAUUUCUAAGAAGAAUAGCAUUAAUUUUACAGCAUGGAUAGCAAUGACAGUCUUCACAGCGAAAACGAGUUUUACUACCCUGAGGAAGAAGAAAUAAAAGAAAACAUUUCAGGAGAAGGCUAAAAAUCUGGACUGUUGCUAACGCCGAGCAAAAACAUGGCUGAAUCCUGAAUGACUCAAUUUUGUAUAAAUAGGGGACUACGUAGGCAGCAAAAUGUAGUUUUUUUUUUUUUUUUUUCCUGCUUUGGAAGUGCACUUGUUUACCGAGGAGGAAGUCAUUUACAUGACAGCCGUGAAUGAGGAUUCAAAAUGGUGCCUCGGCGCUCUCGUUUUCUGUUAGAAUUUGGUAAAGGAAAAAAAUAUAUAUAUAUUAUUUACCAGCUUAAGGUCGGUCCGUAUGGUGAAAUACCGUGACCUUGGUCUUGAAUACUGACCUUGACCCAGAGGGCCUCUGUCAGUACUUUCAAGACCUCGGUCACGGUAUUUCACGAUACGGACCUCCCAGCUGGUAAAUAACAUUUAUUUUUUUCACGGUCCAAAUCCUGCGCUCUGAUUGGCUGGCAAGCGGGUCUGUAUCCUACGGUACAGACCCCAGUUAUGGACCUCUGGUGAUUUGCUCGUUCACAACAACAAACAUAGUAGCAAUUUGUGUCAACAUUUAUUUUCGCAUUUCUCCGGAGAAAUGUGUUAUUUACCAGCUGGGAGGUCUGUAUCGUGAAAUAC